UCGUCUCGGGCCUAACAACACACAUGCCAAUAUAUUCUGCAAACACAGAAAUCUUGGGCAUUAUCACUUAAAUAAUAUCUGCAUAUCUGGUCAUUUAUUUUGGAAUGUCUCUCAGGAUAUUGAGAGAAUGUUUUGACUGAUGUUAUUGAUUCAUAUAAAAUGGUAGUGAUACUUUCCAGAAAAAACAUUUCUCAUCAAGUCUGACCUAAUGCUGCUCAUUGAUGAUAUUGAUUUCAUCUCGUAUAUGGAGAAAUGAUAUACAGUCGACUCCUGAUGAUGAAUUGAUUAUUCGACAUCAUCCUAUAUUGAUGAUAACCACUGUUUGUCUACAUGUAGUUAUAAUUCCCCUUUACUACUUUACUACUGGCAGUGGAGGCUGGUGGGAGGACCUAUAGGAGGACAGCCUCAUUGUAAUGGCUGGAAUGGAAUUAAUGGUUUCCAUAUGUGAUAUUAUUGAGAAAGCUAAACUUUGAUAUGUGUUUUUGAAUGGGUCAAACUGACCAUGCCCAUUUCAAGCUUAAAUAUAUUUUUGUAAGUUAAGAAUAUUUAGGAAAGUUAGCUGGCUAACUCAGGGACAUGCUUUGUAGUAUACACCUCUGGUCUGUAGGCUGGCUGCCUUGCACAAUAAUAAACCCCCAUCCAGCUGGCGACGCUGUUGUAUGUUUCCGGGUUCGAGUAGAACCAAGGAGUUUUCUAAAAUUCCUCGAGUUUUCUAAAAUUCCUUGACUAGAACACGGAAGUAGGAUUGGAGGUGAACAGAGAUCUGUAUGUAAUGAUGAGAUGCUCAUGUCACUCAGUACUGACAAUAGAAGUCGUUGUCCCAAAAGUGGGAAUGCAGGCGACAAGAUUUGGUCCGAAAUAAAACCAUAGAAACCAUCGGGCUUAUUUUUGUCGAGAGUGUAACCUCGCCUGAUCCUCUCUGAGGUGACAUUGUUUUGAUUUUGAACGUUAUUUUUGUGGAGUAAAGAAAGACCUAGCUAGCUACUGACUAAAUAGGCUACCCAACUCCCAGUCGUCUGAAAUAUGUCCAAACUACAGUUGUUUCGUGUGUUUUUAAAUGAGCGCUUAACGACGGCUGCUGUGGAUAUUUUCGGGAAAGUUGAGAAAACGGUAGUGGAGUACCAGGAGGAGAAUGAUCGGCUACGGAGACUGUUGGGGAUCACACCGGAGAUAAAACUAUGUAGAAGAGACUCCCUGCAGCUCUCUGUCUCUGAAGAGGAGGUUCCCCCUGAGCAGCAGCACUGUGAGCAGGAUUGGAGCCCCAGUCUGGGGCAGGAGGACCCAGAGACCACACAGAUUAAAGAGGAACAGGAGGAAGUCAGGACCAGUCAGGAGGAAGAGCAGCUUCAAGGGCUCGUUGAUACCAAAGACUCCAUAUUCACUCCUUCCUGUGUGAAAAGUGAAUGUGAUCAGGAGGACCCAUGUCAAGAAGCCGUACUAGCUGAACACCCAACUCUCAGUCCACUGAAAACAUCUAAACUACAGUUGUUUCGUGUGUUGUUAAAUGAAUGUUUAACGGCAUCUGCUGCUGUGGAGAUUUUUGGUGCGGUUGAGGAAACUGUAGCAGAGUACCAGGAAGAGAAUGAUCUGCUACGGAGAAUGCUGCGGAUCACACCAGAGAUACAACUAUGUAGAAUAGACUCCCUGCAGCUCUCUGUCUCUGAAGAGGAGGUUCCCUCUGAGGAGCAGCACUGUGAGCAGGAGUGGAGUCCCAGUCUGGGACAGGAGGACCCAGAGACCACACAGAUUAAAGAGGAACAGGAGGAAGUCAGGACCAGUCAGGAGGAAGAGCAGCUUCAAGGGCUCUUUGUUACCAAAGACUCCAUAUUCACUCCUUCCUGUGUGAAAAGUGAAUGUGAUCAGGAGGACCCACUUCAGUCCUUGAGUCUUCCCCAAACCAAGACUGUGGAGAACAGAGAGAGAGACUCUAAACCAGUGGAUCUCACACCUUUUGUCACUGUGACCCACAUUAAGGGUUUCUACAUUCCCUGUGACCCUCCAGAUAAUCAAAACAUUGUCUGCAACCACAGUUCAGCUGUAAGCAGUGACCCAGUAGGACUUGACAACAGCCCACCAUUGGAUCCCAGCCCAUUAUUGGAUCCCAGCCCAACAUUGGGGGAACACUGUUCCAAACCCAGCACCACAUCUAGAAAAAUUCACCACUGCCGUGACUGUGGUAAAACGAUUCCUCUGAAAGCUGACCUGCAGAGGCAUAUGACUCUCCCCAAGAAGAGACCCAGUGAAUGCUGCUUCUGCAAUAAACAGAACAAUUCCACCUGUAAACUGAAGGCCCAUGUCAGACUCUGUCAUGGUGGGAAACCCUAUAUCUGCCCUGUUUGUAGCAAGACCUUCAAAUACAAAGGAGAUCUGUCCAGGCACAUGAGGAUUCACAAAGGAGAGAAACCUUUUAGCUGUGGUGACUGUGGGAAAAGCUUCAAUCAGAAGGGGAACCUAACUGAACAUGUACUGAUUCACACAGGAGAGAAACCAUUUAACUGUGGUGACUGUGGGAAAAGCUUCAGUCAGAAGGGACACCUUACUGUUCAUAAACUGACUCACACAGGUGAGAAACCUUUUAGCUGUGGUGACUGUGGGAAAAGUUUUAGUCAGAAGGGGAACCUAAGCAUUCAUAAACUGACACACACGGGAGAGAAACCAUUUAGCUGUGGUGACUGUGGGAAAAGCUUUGGACUCAAGCGGCACCUAACCAUGCAUAAACUGACUCACACAGGCGAGAAACCAUUUAGCUGUGGAGACUGCGGGAAAAGCUUCAGUAAAAAGGGACAUCUUACUGUUCAUAAACUGACUCACACAGGAGAGAAACCAUUUAUCUGUGGUGACUGUGGGAAAAGCUUCAGGCAUAAAGGGUCCCUUAAGAUACAUAUAUUGUCUCACACAGGAGAGAAACUCUUUAGCUGCGGUGACUGUGGGAAAAGCUUCAAUAAGAGGGGGAACCUAAACAUGCAUUUACGGACUCACACAGGAGAGAAAUCAUUUAGCUGUGGAGACUGUGGGAAAAGCUUCAAUCAGAGGGGUAACCUAACCACGCAUAUACGGACUCACAGCAGAGAUAAUUCCUUUCUCUGUGGUGACUGUGGGGAAAACUUCGAUGAGAAGGGGCACCUAACUGAACAUAUACGGACUCACACAGGAGAGAAGCCAUACAGGUGUUGUGACUGUGGGAAAAGCUUUUAUCAGAAGGCGGACCUAAGGAGGCAUAUACUGACUCACACAGGAGAGAAACCUCAUGGUUGCGCCGUCUGUGGUAAAGGAUUCACUCAUAAAUCUCAUCUGCUGAGGCAUAUGGAUAAAAUCCACAAGGGAAGAAAACAGGACAGAAACUGAAAGAGGAAAGAGCAUUAGGACAAAGAGAUUGUUUGUCAGGUAAGUGAAUAAAAAGGCAGGAUGUGGACAAAUCUCUUAGGAAGCAACAGUGAUAUGGCCCUCAUCAAAUAUGCAGACGAAAUGGCUCUGGUUGCUUGCCUGAAGGUUAAGUCCAUCUCCAGCUACUCCCAGUUCAUUGACUGCCUCUUGACGUGGUUUGACAAUAGCUUCCUUGACCUUAACGUCACCAAGACUAAAAAACUGUGCCUUGGAGGAAAGAAAGCUGGGGAAAUGGAAGCCCUUCUCUCGAGGAAAGACAUGGAGCAAGUGACACAUACUUGGGAACAAUUUUCGGCCACAAACUUAGCUUCCAGUAAAACACUGACCUCAUCUACAAAAGGCAAGGCCAUUUCUUUCCCUACUUAAGAUAGUAUGACGUUUUAAUGCAAGCAAACUCACACUGAUCGUGGUAUACAAAUCCCUGAUUGAGUGUUCUCAAUUACAAUUCGGGUACCUCUCAGUGAUGUUUCAUGUUUUGUUUCAUUCUGACAUGUAAAUGUUUCAUGUGUUUGUGUUUUAUCUGUGUUUUCAUCUUUUAUUGUAACAGAGUGCCAACAACACAUUUGCAUUCAGUUUAAACUUAAUGGACAGUAAAGUUUGUCUUAUCUGCUUAUUUUAAAGCUAUCUUAACUCUGGAUCAUUCAUGCUUUGGGUUACAGAAAUAUAGAUGUGCGAUCAAUUGACUUUUGCAAAACAUUGUAUGUAAAUCAAAUUUGACAGUAAGUAAUUCUACACAAAGUCCAAAGGAAAUUCGACUUCCGCUUUUAUGCCAACUCCUCCUAAAAGAGACAUAUAUAUAUAUAUAUACAGUGGGGCAAAAAAGCCAUAAUUUGCAAAUAAAUUCAUAAAAAAUCCUA